UGGUUGCUGCCUGAACGGUACCCGCGAAAAGCCGAAGUUGGCUCAGGCGCCUUCCCUCCCGGCUUUCCCGACCCUCCUUCGCGCCGAACGAAAGCGGAUUUGGGCGCGACCCAGAGAUCCGCGGCCGCAAUAGUCUGAGGCGCUGGUAAUGGCCUGAAUAUGCAGCAGUAGUAAAUGCAGGAAUCCAUGCGCUCAAGCCCACAUUUCAGAAUCUAGGAGUGCCGCUGCAUCGGAGCAAGAGUCCCUCAAAUCCAGCUUUCAGUAUCUUGCAGCAGUCAGCCAGAUGCCUUUGGGAAGCCCGCCAGCAGGGCACGAGGGCCAUCCAUCUGUGCCUUUGUCACCUACCCCCAGCAACAGAAAGAUGUGUUCCCUAACACUCUUUCCACCUCCACCUCCUCCAGGAGACAUCACCCUUUAUGAAUUCAACAAUGCCCUGGUUUCUGGCCGUAGCUAUGAGAAGCUUCCACUUACUUUCCAAGGUCAGAUGGAAGAAUUGCCCACCCUCACCAUCCCCAAAGAAAAUCUAAAAGCUUUCAGUCGACUGGAACACGGCACCAAGCCUGCCUUCCUUCAUCAUCGUGAGUCACUGUGGAAGAGGUGCAUCAGAGCCUGGCGUGACAUUGGAGUGGCUGGUGUGCUUGAAGAGCUUGCAAAUGCAGAAGAGGAGCAGGACUUGGACCAGGGAACGGAUGAGCAGUCUUGGGUGGAAUCAUCAAAGGAGCUAGCUCUGCAGUGGAUGAAAUCUGGAUCUCGAUGUGCCUUAGCACUCUGCUGUUGGAUAUCCUCCCUCUACGGCUCCUUCUUUCCCCAUUUGUUGCUGCCAAGUGAAGACAUAAUAGCAAAAUUCUCCCAGGCUGUGGAUUGGGCAGGCUGCUCGAUCCGAGCUUUUGCCUGGCAUCCUCACACCAACAAAUUUGCAGUGGCCCUUCUGGAUGACUCCAUCCGUGUUUACAAUACAAACAGUACUACAGUCCCAAUCCUGAAGCAUCGCUUGCAAAGGAAUGUGGCUUUGAUGGCCUGGAAGCCACUGUGUGCAUCCAUCCUUGCUGUGGCGUGCCAUAGCUGUGUGCUGGUUUGGCAUCUGGAUCCCACUUCCCUUUCCACCAGGCCUUCAUCUGGCUGUGCUCAGGUGCUCAGCCAUCCUGGCCACAGUCCCAUCACCAGCCUGGCCUGGGCUCCCAGUGGAGGAUUGCUCCUGUCAGCCUCACCUGUUGAUACAGCCAUGCUUGUGUGGGAUGUUUCCACAGAAAACUGCAUCCAGUUGCAGUGGUUUGGAGGAGGUGGGGUCACCUACCUGGCUUGGUCACCUGAUGGCAGCAAAGUGCUGGCAGGAACACCUUCAGCAGUCUUCAGAGUGUGGGAGGUUCAAAUGUGGACUUACGAGAAAUGGCCAACUAUCAAAGGUCCUUGUCGGACUGGUUGCUGGAGUCCAGAUGGCAGCCGUUUGCUGUUCACUGUCCAGGGGGAAUCUGUGAUCUAUUCCUUAUCUUUCUUGGAAUAUAGUGGAGAGCAGCAAAGGCAGGUCGGUGGGUCUAAAACAGCUUCCAUUGUGGCAGAUCUGUCAGAGACGGCCUUCGAGACUCUCUACGGGGAAGAGAGGAUUGGAGGGGAAGUGCAUUCUAUGGUUUGGGAUCCAAGCGGGGAGAGGCUUGCCGUAGUCAUUCAAGGAAAUUUCGAUGCCUCCAACUUCAAGACUACCAUUGCAGUGUUUCGGACCCGCAAUAACCCUGUGUUUGAACUUCUGCCCUGUGGUUUCUUACAGGGUGAAGAUGGCGCUCAGCCACAGCUGGUCACUUUUCACCCUUGCUUUAAGAAGGGAGCCCUUCUGACAGUGUGCUGGUCAACCGGAAGGAUCAGCCACAUUCCUUUCUUCUUUGUGACUGCUCAGUUUCCCUCAUUUAGUUCUGGUCAGAGUCCUCUCAUGCCCUUGGGCAGUUGGAGCAACACCCGGGAGCAGCCGCUGUUUUCAGAACUCUGAAGGGUCAACCCACAAAGGACUUGUUCUGAAGAGCUCCAGUUUUUCUGUCUUCCUCAGCCUAGGCAGCUUCAGGACAGGGGAGACCUGAGACUGAUUUUGGACUUGAUUUAGUAUGUGUGUCUUUCUUCCAUGAGCAGGGCAUGGAUUAUAUGAUCUGCAGGUAGAGACGGACCUGAAGAAUGCCUGCCUGCUUUCCUGAAGUGGACAAUGUUGUAGUUGUAUUUAGGGCAGUAAAUUAAAAAAAAAAACAUCAGUUCAA